UGUGGUGGUGUUGAAGUUGAAGAUCUUCAUUUGGGUCACUAUCAUUGAUCCUAUUUUCGCCUCUCUUUCUCUUCUUUGUUCUUCUUCUCUUAUAACUAUCGAUCCCUUUCUCUCUCUUUUCCUCUUUUACUCCAACCUGCUCAAAUCUUCUUCCAUCAUUGCUGUAUCACACUCUCGAGAACCUUUCCUUCUCUCCUUCCCUUAUGGGUUUCCCAGGCCCAUAAAUUAGAUUAGCUGUGAAGGAACAUCCACAGAUAUUCAGAUUCAUAACCUGUUGGUUUUGAUUCUGAAACUAAAUUACAGUUAUUAUCCAAUUGUAUACCCAGUAGAUUGAUAAGCUGCUCAGGAGGUGUUGUCGGCUUGCUGCUUUCGGAGCUUUGUUCUGAGUAGAUAAGUUGAUCACACCUCGACAACAUGCCGUAUUAUGUUCAGAGACUUUAUAGGUUAUGUAAUACAUCCCUUUCAUCUGAUGGACCUGUGUCUGACGAAGCUAUUGAAAAAGUUCGCGAGAAGUUAGAAAAAAUCAAGCCAUCAGAUGUUGGUCUUGAACAGGAGGCACAAGCGGUUAGGAACUGGUCUGGAGCAAUGCUUGAGCGUAAUGGGGGCAUUCAACCAUUACCUCCAAUCAAAUACUUGCAUUUACAUGAGUCCAACAGCUUCUCUAUAGGAAUUUUCUGCAUGCCCCCUUCAUCUGUUAUUCCUCUGCAUAAUCAUCCCGGAAUGACAGUGUUCAGCAAGCUCUUAUAUGGAUCAAUGCAUGUUAAAUCGUAUGACUGGAUCGAUCCCUCUACCCCAAAUGAUCCAGCUGAAGCUAGACCUGCAAAACUUGUCAAAGAUACGGAGAUGAUGGCGCCAACUCCAACCACGGUUCUUUAUCCAACUCACGGAGGAAACAUACAUUGUUUUAGAGCCAUAACUCCUUGUGCAAUCCUGGAUGUGUUAUCUCCGCCUUACUCUGCAGACAGUGGAAGACACUGCUCUUACUUCCGCGAAAGGAACGAUCUCCCAGGCAACUUUGAGUUCAACGGGGUCACAUUUUCCGACAUAACAUGGUUGGAAGAAUUUGAACCACCUGACUUUGUUAUCCGGAGAGGGCUGUACAAGGGUCCGGUUAUUAGAACUUAAAGGCAUACCUUUCUAUGUUUUGUGUAAUUUUAACACUAGAGAGAGAAAUUCGCUUACUAUCUAUUUAGGUUUACAAAUUACAAGUUACAACAAAGGGAAAUUGUGUCCAGAAAAGCCAAUGCUAUAUAAUAAUUAUAUUCCUAGGGCCAUUUCAGCUAGGCAUUUUGGCUUGUACAUAACACAAUGCACUAUGGUUGUUGUUGCAGUUUCUCUAUAUAUAAGUCAUAAGUCCCUGGCCUCGGUUUAAUCCAUUAGAAGAGUUUCAGAAUUUGAGUGGAGAAAGGAAAAAAAAAAGACAGAAUCUCAGUCAUAUGAUGAGUGAGUGGGCUCCUAUUAAAUUUUGUUUGCUUAAUAUAGUGCGAAAGAAUAUAAUUCUGAUUGAAGUUUA